AUGAAUGCUGACGAUGACCUUUAUGUAGGUCAGCUACUCUGUGGAGGGUUUGAAGGGAAGACUGUAACUCCUCAAGCUUAUCAUUUAAUAACUGAGCUUCAUGUAUCUACUAUGAUACUACUGAAGAAGAAUACUGUUUCAGUUGAGCAAAUAUCUAAACUCAUAAAAGAUUUGCAACAUAUUGCUCGAACUCAAGCUAAUUAUAAAUAUCCAUUGAUCUUUGCUGUGGAUGAAGAAGGUGGGAUGAUGAAUUCGUUAUUUGAUGAAAUUAAUUUAACUCAAUUCCCUGGGGCAAUGGCAUUAGCUGCAACUGGGGAUGCUGAGUUGGUUUAUAAAGUUCUGAAAGCUAUCGCAAUCGAAUUGAAACAUAUUGGGUUUUCAGUGAUAUUAGGUCCAGUUCUUGAUGUGAUUACGAAGCUAUCUCAUCAGCUUGUUGGUGUUAGAAGUUUUGGUACUACCAUAGAGGAAGUCACUAAAUAUGGUAAAGCAUGCGCAAAAGGUUUAAAAGAUGGGGGACUUUUAACAGUAGGGAAACAUUUUCCUGGUAUUGGAAAUGCAAGUGUUGAUUCAUUAUUAGAGCUACCAAUGAUGGCUGAUUCUCUUGAGCAAAUAAAGAGUUUCAAUAGUGUACCAUUUGCUGAAUUAAUUAAAGAUGAUUUGGUUGACGGAAUAAGUGUAGCAGGAUGUGGGGUACCCAGUAUAAGUCCAGAUGAAACCCAUGCAUGUUUGUCACCAAUACUUAUUAACCAAUAUUUAAGACAAGAACUUGGUUUUGAAGGUUUUGUAAUUAGUGAAUGUUUAGAAAUGGACGCUCUUUACCAUUCAAUCGGUUUAGGUCAAGGUGUAAUUUUGGCUAUAUAUGCUGGUUGUGAUUUAGUUAUGGUAUGUCAUAACUUGGCGUUACAAAAUGAAGCAGUUAAAUCAAUGGAAAUAGCUUUAGAAAAUGGUAAUUUAGACGAAGAAAUUAUAGUAACUUGUUUAAAUCGUAUUGAAAAAAUACAAAAACAGUUACCUAGUUGGGCAGAGAUAUUAAAUGAAGGUAAGGAAAAGAUUGAAGUUUUCCCAAUUAAAUAUCCCGAUUUAUGGAAAGAACAUCAGGAAUUACUGAAACUAGCUUAUCGUAAAUCAAUAACUCUUGUACGUGAUUAUACAGGGACAUUACCAAUAAGCAAAUUCUUCAAAGAAUCCAAAGAGAAAGAGAAAGAUGAUAAAGAUAAUUUACUUAUAUUAUCACCAUUAUUAAAUCCUAUUUAUCCAACCUCAGAUCUGAAGACGAAAGAGAAGACCCAGGAAAGUGAAGAGUCUGAAGAAAAUAGCGAUAAUGAAAGUUCGAAUGACUCAAAACCUUCAUUAUUCACUGGUGAGGAAGUUUUCCAAAAAUUUGGGCGAUUAUUAUCAGAACACCCUUCAGUUUUAGAUAAAUCAUUUAAUGUUCUCCAUACUACCUACACUGCCAACGGAUUAACAGCAUUACAUGAAACAUUAAUUGAAAACUCCAAAGUAGUUAUCGUUUUAACAUCGGAGGCCCUGAGAAAUAUGUAUCAGAUUGGGAUAGUUAAAUAUGUGUCGAUAUUAUGUGGAGCAAGUCCGUCAAGUUUUAAUAAUGGAGGUAUCAACUCUGGUCAAUUGGUAAAACCAUUAGUAAUUGUUGCAACAUCAUCACCAUACGAUUUUUUUUACAAUAAGAGUAUUGGGAGUGCAUAUUUAUGCAGUUAUGAUUAUACGAAUAGAGCACUUGAAGAAUUAGUUGGAAUAUUAAUGGGAGAUUCAGGAGCAGAAGGAUGUAUACCGGGAGAGAAGAAAUUCAGUAGUCGAAUAAAGAAAAGGAAACCACCUAGUCAACCGACAAUACAAUCAUCGCCAAUAGUGAGAAGGAAAAGCAAUCCACAACCAAAGAGAAGAUGGUUGGUUGAUGAGUUUAAUAUUAAAAGAGAUUGGAGUAGUUUAAUUAAGUUAUGGAAGAAUAAUUUAGGAGAUGAAGAUAUAAAUGGAGAAGAAGAAAUCAAGAUUGAUUAUCAACGGGAGAAUUUUUAUAAGAAAUUAUUGAUAUUAUUAUCAAAUGCUAAUAAUAAACAGAAACAUUUUGUUGUUAGAAAUUCAAGUUUAAAUUUAUUAUAUGGAAUAGUACUCACCUGGGUUAAUGAGUACCAACAAGUAUCCUUAAAUGAAUAUAUUGAAGAGACCCCAACCCCGAAAACCGGAUCAAUAAUGUAUUUAUUGGUUGAUAAGCUGAAAAGAUUGCAGAGUAUUGGUAAGAAUUUACACGCAAGAGCCAUGAGAUAUUUAAUUAAAGAACAAGAAUGUGAUCUAGUGACGUUGGGGUGUUCAGUACCCAAUAUAGUAUUCCCGGAGAAUAGCCACUUAAUUAAGAACAAUAAGGUAUCUACAUUAUUUAUGAAUAGUGUUGGAUGGGAAAUAAAGGAAGACAAGAGGAAAAAUGUCUUGAUAUUAAAAGAUUUAAUGAACUGGUCGGUACCACAAAAAAUAUUCAGAGAAUUAAUGAUUGUUGGGGUUAGAUUUGAUAUUUGCAACCAACCAGAAAAAUUAAUGGAGUUAAUUGAACGAUGUACAAAAGAGGAAGGCGACGAUGAAAAAACGGCAAUGACAAAACAGUUAUAUAUGGAAGCGGUUAAAUAUUUACAAGGAACUACUUCCUAUGAAGUUAAAAUUAUUAUUGCUUUAGAGCCCACUAAUCAAAAUAUUAUUGGUAGUAUAAUAUUAUUUACAAAUCAGCUGGCGUUUGCCAAAUUCUAUCCCUAUAUCGAUGAAGCCAUCGAUGAAUCCAUUAUACAGGAAUCCAAAAGAAUAGUUGGUGGAAUGGUUGAGCCAAUGAUUGAUCCGUCUUACUCCAAUUUAACCGAAAUCUUCAAAUUCGGAUUAAUUUGUAGUGGGAUUACUUUUUUCAAAAGCAAUUUUGGUGAAGAUACAAAUAAUGGGGUAAUGAACGAGUGCUUGAUCUUUAGGGUUGAUCAAGAUAAGUCGAUGACUGGUAUAAAAGAAAUUGGCUUUAGUGAAUGGAAAUGGCAUAACGAAUACUACGAUAAACAAUCAUCAGACAAUUCAAUAUUCAAUCAAAAAGGUUGA